AUGGAGAAGUUGGCUUUCGUACUGCUGCUUUGCCUCCCGCAUAUUUUGGUGCGGCUGAGCAGUGCACAGCUUCGUUAUCCUGCACGGGCACGGCCGAACCCCUGGAAGCAGCGCAUCGAGUGGGAGAACAACGGACGGUUGUACAGUUUACUGAGCACGGGCACCCAGUACAGAGCACCCGCCCGAUCUAGAGGCCGAACCCAAGUCCUGGUGGCCACCAUCAACCGAGGUCACCUCCAGCCUCUGCCGAGAGCAUCCAGUCACGUGGACGCUGUUGAGGCGCGUCACAAUUCGGUUCCAAGGGACGAACCGUGGUCGCCCAAAAGCGCAGCGGUCUUAGCCGGUCAGGAGUUCUCUGGAGCAGGACAAAACGCGUCUGCAGACGACACAAGCACCUCUGCGCAACCAACGCCGUCUUUGAUGCACAGACCCGAACUAGGGAUGCCGACGGAGCGCAGAGCUGAACCGGAACCAAGUGACCCACAGGCGACGCUGUCGGGAAAUCUGGUCGAGGUACAUUACAUUCAACAGAGAACUGACCCGAUCCGCACCACCAUGGACACUAACCAGUCACGGAGGGAUCUGCACGGUUCCCAUCACAGGAACUCCAUCUUUUAUAACGUUUACCCUCCGGACCAAAGGAACAGGGUCCACAUGGGAGUGGUUCGACCAGGACGGGGCCACAGUACUAGCUUCUUCCAUAACGGUCUCCCAGACUUGAUUCCUGACCCGUAUUACAUCCAAGCUGUGUCAUACAUCCAGAGAGUGCAGAUGUUUGCACUCCGCUGCGCCGCUGAGGAGAACUGCCUGUCCAGGUCUGCAUACCAUCCGAGUGUGGGUGAGCUGGAUUACAGGGUUCUACUCAGGUUCCCCCAGCGUGUGAAGAACCAAGGAACUGUGGAUUUCCUCCCAAAGAAGUCCAGACACGAGUGGGAAUGGCACAAGUGUCAUCGGCACUACCACAGCAUGGAGGCCUUCAGUAACUACGACCUGCUGGAUCCCUCCAAUGGACACAAAGUGGCCGAGGGCCACAAAGCCAGUUUCUGUCUGGAGGACACGUCAUGUGACCGUGGUGUGCGGAGGCGCUUUGCCUGCACUGCACACACGCAGGGGCUAAGUCCCGGUUGUUAUGACACCUACCAUGCAAACAUCGACUGCCAAUGGAUUGACAUCACCGACGUGCCGCCUGGAAACUACACACUCCAGGUGACUGUGAACCCCUAUAAACUCGUCGAGGAGUCUGAUUUCUCCAACAACGUGGCAAAGUGUGACAUCUGGUACACAGGAAGUUACGUGCAAGCAGCAAACUGCAGGAUCACAAAGUAA